AUGGACCCAUCAUACAUCCCUUCCCACCCGGUCUCGCCUAUCUCGCCUAUCUCCCAAUCCUCUUCGCCGCCAUCCCCCUCCAGCCUCAAGCGCUACGAGCUAGACAGCCUACCAGACCUGUCCGAUAAAACCAUUGAGUCGAAUGUCCUCCCCAAAGCCCCCGGCACGCGCCUCUCCAUCGUCGAAGUGCCAAGGCGCAAACCUGUUCCGCCGCCAAAGGAUGCGAUCGUCGAUCUGCCAGAGCCGCAUGUCGAAGCUCCACAAGCGCCUCGUGGUGGGAUAAAGGAGAAAUUGAAAUAUUUCUGGAUAUACAGGAGGAAGAGAGUGAUUAUCAUUGCUGCUGUAGUAGCAGUUCUGCUACUGGGGUUGAUUAUUGGGCUGGCGGUUGGGUUAUCGACACACAGGACGGCCAACCUCCCACUACCGACGAACAAUGGCGGUCCCUACAAGGGUGACCUUACAUUCUAUGGAACGGGGUUGGGUGCGUGCGGUAUAACCAGCUCUGACUCGCAGGCUGUUUGCGCCGUAUCCGAGAAACUGUAUGAUGCGGCCAGUGUUGGGCCCAACCCGAACGCCAACCCGCUGUGCGGCCUGAAGCUUCGUCUAAGACGGAAUAACAAGUCUGUGGAUGUGACGGUUGUCGAUAGAUGUACUGCAUGCAAACCAACAGACAUCGACGUGUCAAUCUCUGUAUUCGAACAGCUUGCGCUCAGUGCCGAGGGCAGAGUCGAUGUCGAGUGGGCCUGGCUUAAUAAAGCGCCGGUGAACCCAUAG